UAGUGUUUACAUCCAGAGCUGCAGCCACACAGGCAGUGGAUUUCUAAAGAAAACAUUGAAAACACGGCUAAUCAUUCACUGACCGAUUUUUCGCAUAAUUGAAUGAAAGCACGAAGAAACAUUAUACACACAAGGUCCACCCACCGCUAGCUAGCGUGUGCCUGCCUGCCUGUUUAGUCUGUCGUCACCAUGGGCGGGGCGGUGAGCGCAGGCGAGGACAACGACGAGUUGAUUGACAACCUGAAGGAGGCGCACUACAUCCGCUCGGACCUGGUGGAGCGCGCCUUCCGCGCCAUCGACCGCGCCGACUACUACCUGGAGGACUACCGCGACAACGCCUACAAGGACCUGGCCUGGCGCCACGGCAACAUCCACCUGUCGGCGCCCUGCAUCUACUCCGAGGUCAUGGAGGCCCUGGACCUGCAGCCGGGGCUCUCCUUCCUCAACCUGGGCAGCGGGACCGGCUACCUCAGCACCAUGGUGGGACUCAUACUAGGCCCCUUUGGAGUGAACCAUGGAGUGGAGCUGCAUGCAGAUGUGAUCGAGUAUGCCUACCAGAAACUGGACCUCUUCAUUAAAACCAGCGACAGCUUUGACAAGUUUGAGUUCUGCGAGCCAGUGUUUGUGGCGGGCAACUGCCUGGAGAUCCCCCCGGACAGCCGGCAGUACGACCGCGUGUACUGUGGCGCGGGGGUGCAGCGCGAGCACGAGAACUACAUGAGGAACCUGCUGAAGGUGGGGGGCAUCCUGGUGCUGCCCCUGGAGGAGAAGCUGACCAAGAUCACCCGCACGGGCCAGAAUUCCUGGGAGGCCAAAAAGAUCAUCGCCGUGUCCUUCGCGCCACUGGUGCAGCCCCGGCAAGAUACCAACGGCAAGGCCAGGAAUGUCCCACUGCCCAUGUUUGAGGUGCGCACCCUGCAGGACCUGGCGCGUCUCUCCAUCCGCCACACGCUGAGGGCCCACACGGGGGCCCCCGAGGGCCGCAGCAAGAGCCGCGUCUCCUUCCCGGGGGCCCGCGCCAUGCACCGCUACGGCCCCCGCUUCAAGCGGCGUCGCCUGCACCGCCGGCGCGUGGAGACACUGAUCCUGCGCGACUCGGCCAUCCCCUCCCUCUCCGAGCUGCGCCACAGCACGCCCCGGGAGAGCGAGGACGAGGACGCGGAGGAGGAGGAAGAGGAGGGGCCACGCGGAGCACGAGGGGAAUCGGCAGCAGCAGCAGCAGCAGCAGGAGGAGGAGGAAGAAGAGGAACGAAAGGAGGCAGCCGGCGGGUGAGAGGAGGAGCCAGGGGAGGAGGAGGAGGAGGAGGAGGUGGUGCUUGUGUAGAGGAGGAACAGGAGGAGGACGAGGAAGACCAAGGGAGAGGAGAGGAGGACGAGGAGGAAGAGGAGGAGAAAGGCAAAGGGGAAGGGCCUCAGGGGGAGCCGCCCAUCAACAUCCUGCGAGAGAGGAUUCUGGGAUUGCCCCUGCCGGAGCCGCUCAAGCUGUACCUGCUCUACUACCGUGAGAAAUGAGAGAGAAAGAAAGAGCACUCUCCCACUCACCCGCUCCCGUUUCUCCGCUCAACGUUUCUCCGCUAAACAUUUACCUGCCCUACUACUAUAGAGAGAGAGAGGAAGUGAGAUAGAGAGAGAGGUAGAGAGAUAAAGGGAGGGGGGGGUAAAUGACAAGUGGAGAGCACUCGCCCACUCCCACUCCUCCCUCCUUGUUUUACAUCCCUCCUUCUCUUCCUCUCGUCUCUAGUUCCAUUCUACACAGUCUCUCCCUGUCCCUCUUGACCCACACAGAGCAAAGGGGGGGGGGGGUGCUUUGGGCUGAACGGCUGGCCGACAGACUUGACUUUCUCUGUGAUGUGAGAGUGAGUGCAAAUGAAGAUUUGUGACACUACUGGUUUGACUCCACACACCCCACCCCACCGCCUCCAAGUGUGAACACCCUAAGCCCCCUCUUUUAGGAAGUCACUUCAAACAUGUGGGAAGGGAAGUCGUGGAUUUGCCGAAGAGAUGGCGAGAACGGAAAGCCUUUCUCUCUACCUGUCCUUUUUUUAUUUUUUACUUUUUUAUUAUUUCGAGGUGGCACAGAUUGUAAAGACUGCAGUUACAUGAAGUGCAAAAAAAGGAUCGGCUGUACAGCUUUGAGUGUGUUUGGGUCUUGAUGAGGAUGAUGAUUUUGUGUGUGUGUGUGUGUGUGUGUGUGUGUGUGUGUGUGUGUGUGUGUGUGUGUGUGUGUGUGUGUGUGUGUGUGUGUGUGUGUGUGUGUGUGUGUGUGUGUGUGUGUGUGUGUGUGUGUGUGUGUGUGUGUGUGUGUAUGUGUGCGCACGUGUUUGUAUUUUGUCCUGCACUGGUCCUUACGCCGGUUAAUCAGGCACUAGUGUGCACAAAGCUGAGGGAACCCAUUUGGAUGUUUGCCCCGGGCGACCGGACCCACUAGCAGACAACAGACUGCGUUGUAAAUUCCAUAAUAGUGGCUAAUGUGUGUGAGUUUUAAGAAAGCUUGCUCAUCCUGAAAUCCCCAUUUCCUUCAACUCUGGUCUGCAGCCACCCCCAUCACCUUCAGCCAUCUAAGGAUUUCCAUGUAUACAAUACAAACAAUCUGCCAUUUUCUCCAUACCUGUUGCCAGCCGCUGUUCUUUAUUAUCAACUGUGUCGACAUUCUACUGACUGUAUUUCUGAGUGUUUCUUUUUUCUCUUGAAGUGUCUGCUUCAACAUCCACUUUCAUUUCCAUGGAAAACUCCUCAGUUGGACACAGUGCAGUGUACCGUCUUGUUUUAUUAUUUUUUUCUCUCGUCAUUACAUGAAGUGUAAAUAUAACACUGAAAAAAAGAUCUAUCCAGUCUGAUGGGGCUUUUUGCCCUAAAUUGUUGUGUUCUCCACUGUUUUUGAAAGAAAACAAAUGUGUAAAGAUUAUUUUGAUGCUGAGGAUCACAAGGUAUAUGGUUAGGUGUGUCUACUUAACUUACCAGCAAGAAGAGCACAGAGGAACAGGGAAAAGGCAUAGUUGAGAAUAGGCAUAGGAUGCACAGUGCAUUUAGCAUCAGGUUGUGUGUUUGGAUUUGGCUGAUAUAGCUUUCUUUUAUCUGGAUGCUUUCAUUUUUUCAUCUUUGAACCAGCUUAACACUGUUGAGAUGAAAUUUGGGGUCGGGUGUUAAUAUUUCUUGUGUGAAGUGGGGUGGGACCUUAGGGGGGGCGUUGUUGCAGCGUAGUGAAAGAUUUUUUUUUUUGGUCUUGCAAAGCAUUUUUCUGUCUGUAAUAGACCAUUACUGAAGAACAAUUGCGUACUUUUUCCACAAACAGAUUCUGUUUACUUUCUGCUGCUGUGAAUGAUGCGAAUGAAAAUGGCUUGAAUUUAUUUUGUAGUUUCUAGUAUCUUAGGUCUCUGGAGACCCUUUAUUAUUUUGUUAUUGUUUUUUUUCUUGAGUUUUUUUCCCCAAAAAGCAAAUGAGUAAAACCAGGGAGAUGAGUAUCCCAUCCCAAAUAAACACAUGGGACUUUCAAAGUGCCUUAUGAGCAUACAUACUAUUGAAUACUUAUAUUCAUAAAUAUUCUAAAGAAUAAUUCAUGUAACGUGUUUUAAUAAUGAAAACAAGAUAAUGUAAUAUGUUUUUGUUUCUUUUAACGUUGAUGACUGUCAUAUACGUUGAGCCCAUUCAUUGUUUCCCCUUACACAGGAAAGAGAAGGGGGAAAAUCAAUGUACAAAGAACGCCAAUUGGCCCCAAUUACAGUCAUUCUAUUUUUUUCUUUGUCCUUUAAUCAUUCCCUUUGCUUUCAGCUGUUAUCAGAUUUCUGAGAGAUUUUUAUUUCUUUGCAUUUGCUAUAUUAGAUGAAUGUAGAGGUUGUGAUGUUUGCAUAAUGCUGUAUGCUCUUUCUCUCGUAUUCAUGAAGGGGUUUUUUUUGUUUCUUUUGGAAGUUCAUCUGCUCUGUUGGUGGUCUUCAAUAAAAAAAAUAAUA